AGAUCACAUGAUCCGAGGCUGCCCGUGUAUCGUUAGCUUCUUAGCAGCUAGCUGCGUUAGCACUGAGCUUUAUGGGUUCACCAGGAAACAGUGCGACCUUAUCUCGAGCCACACCAAGACGAGGAGCUGUCAAACAUAUUUAUUAACGUUAAUAUUAUUUCGUGUUUCUUGUUGACUCAACCGCUGUCUGGCCCAAAGUGUAAGCUGCUGUCAUGGGCCAUCCGUUAAUCAGGAAACUGCUGUGUUACAGCUGGCUGAACGUUACCUACAUGGCUGCUCGCAUCAACAUUAAACAUAUGAGCAUGUGACCAAGGACUAGGGUCUACAGCACAUGAUCUGGACAAGUGGAGGAGGCCAAAAUCAAUCAGGGGUACAUUAUUUCAAAGUGGUCAGUCGGGAGUGAAUAGCCAUGACAACAAAGACAUCCCUGCUUAAAGUCAUUCUUCUGGGCGAUGGUGGUGUCGGAAAAAGCUCCAUCAUGAAUCGUUAUGUUACCAACAAGUUUGAUGCACACCUUUUCCACACCAUUGGUGUAGAGUUCCUCAACAAGGAACUGGAGGUAGAUGGCCACCAGGUUACCCUACAGAUCUGGGACACUGCUGGCCAGGAGCGCUUUCGCAGCUUGAGGACUCCUUUCUAUCGUGGCUCUGACUGCUGCCUGCUCACAUUCAGUGUAGAUGACAGCCAGAGUUUUCUCAACUUAGGCAACUGGAAGAAGGAGUUCAUCUACUAUGCAGAUGUCAAGGAGCCAGAGAAGUUCCCAUUUGUAGUCUUGGGCAACAAACUGGACGUUACAGAAAGGCAGGUGUCUUCUGAGGAGGCUCGGCAAUGGUGCCAGGAGAACGGCGACUACCCCUAUUAUGAGACCAGUGCCAAGGAUGCCACCAAUGUAGCGGUUGCCUUCGAGGAAGCAGUGCGUAGAGUGUUGGCACUGGAUGAAAGAACGGACCACCUCAUCCCCACAGACACAGUUAAGCUUCACAGAAAGCCUCGCUCUGCUACCACUUGCUGUUCAUAACAUUCAGGGGUUAUCACUAACAAUACUUUGCUGUUAUGCCUGUUAUGUGAUGAGGCUGUAUGUUUACAAUGCUGUAAUAACAUCUUAUUUAAACAAAUUAUGCUACUGGCUUUAUGAUUUGUUAUACUGUUGAAGGUUUGAUAAUGCUAAUAAUCUGACUUCUAUUUGAAGGGAAAGAGGAAACACUAAAUUCAUCCCAGUGUAAUUACAAAUAAACCACAAAUCACUGAAUCAUUUACUCAGCUCUGCCACAGUUCAAAAGUCAGGCUUUGGAUGGAUAGCAGAAAAAUAAACUAUAGUUUGUGUUGGCCCAAGACUACUUGCUGGGAGCUAAAAAGCUGUCAUGAUAAAACAAAGGCAAUAUAUUUGAAAAGUUUCUCUUCCCUCUCAAAUGGUUUUCUGUCAUGAAUGCAUAUUAUAAUGUGAAUCUUAAAACUACUACCUGUGUACUACCUUGGGAGUGCGAUCAUGAAAGGGUUUCUGAACUUUACUCCUAAAUAUAAUAACACAGAGUGACGGCAUAUAUAUUUAUAUACAGAAAACAACUGCCUUAUUAAUUUAUACAGCCCAAUAACAUUAUUUGUGAGAAUUAUGAAGUAGCUAAGGCACUACUAUGUAUAACUAACAAAUUGAGGCUUGUCGUGAUUAUACCACCUUUAGGUCUUCUUCGUGCACAUUUUGCUUAGUGAAUAGAUUAUAUACUGAAAGCACUGAGGGACAAGAUCCCCAAUACAAGAUCAAUAUUAAAGCAAAGUUAACAUGCAUGGCAUAUGGUGUAUUUAAAUUUCUGGAAACAUCUGUAUUUUGUAAACCGUUUUUACCUUAAAAAUCACUGAAUCAAUAUUGCCUUGAGGACAGUGUAUUGGAAUAGCAGUCAUGAUUGAGUAAAUGUUAUUCUCAUUGUUGGGUUUGUUUUAAAUAAUGAUUUUGAUCUUUAAAGCACUCUAUUAACAUUUUUAUACUUACAGUUUAGCCUUUCCCCACAGCUUAAUAUUUACAAUGGUGAUUUAUUUACCUCGUUUCUUAUUAACAUUUCAUUUAUAUUCAAAGUUGUAUUACUGGUAUGGCAAAUGAUAAAUAAACCACCUGAGAAUUGUCUCUUAAAGCAUGUUUUGUAGCCUGAAAACUAAGUGUGUUUAUUAUCUUAAUGUUCGAAGUGAAUGUUAACAUUCUGCUGUGCUUUGUAACUACUGCAAUGGUAUGCCUAAACCACUAGAUACCGUAACAAAGUGUCUAUGUCAAGGCACAAGAUUGUGUCUAUUAAUCACAAUGGGUUUUUUUUCUAUUAUCGGUCAAAUACUCUUAGGAUAAGUUUACGUUUUAAUGCCUUAAAGUCUAAUGCUGAUCAUCAACACCUUAGCCAUACUUACAGCUCACCCCAUUGCAAGAAAUAAAAAAUAAAAACUUUAC